AGAAUUAUAUCUUUUAUCUACACUCUUGACGAAUUAGGUGCACACAAAUUUUCACACUUCUAGCAGCUAUAACGGUUGAGAUUUCAUCUAGAACGGACGGUUUUGUCCAUUAUUCUAAGAAUUAAGUUAUAAAACUUAGCAUAAUUUUACAUUAAGCUAAAUGAUGUAUCCCUAAUCAUAAGUUGUUUGAACAAAAGAAAGAACGUUUUAUGUUUCAACAUUAAAAUGAGUUCGAUCUUAUGCUUCUGGAUUAGUUACUUCUAUAAAUCAAACUCUUACUCAAUUAUUAACAUAUAAUGAUUUAUGGAAAAGUGAUAAACAAAAAUAUACAAGUCGAUUUACUUUAAAAUCUCGUACAUAUUCUGAUUAUGAUGAAAUAAUGAAUUUUUUUUCUAAUAUUUAUUCAAUUGAAUUAUGUUUUAAACAAUUUCAUCAAGCAUUAACAUAUCAUUAUCAAUAUCAUUUUGAAUAUUCACAAACAGAAUCAAAACUUAUACAAACAUUAUUUCCACGUUUAAUAGAACUUGUUGAACAAUCACAUAUUAUAGAACAUCGUUUAAAACUUAUACGUGAACGCUUUCGUGAAAUAAUUCAAUAUGAUAUUGAAUUAUUUCAACGUAUGAUUGAUGAACUUGUUGAUAAAUUUGAUAAAUAUGGUCCAUAUAAAAUUAAUAAUGAUCUUAAUCAAAUAUUUUUACUUGUUAAACAAUAUGAAAAAGAAAUAAAUAAUAUUGAACAACGAAAAAUUGAAUUAAUUAAUAUAAUGAAAUUAUUUCAUAUACCAUUAAUUAAUUAUCCAAAUUUAAUACGUAUUCAAAAAGAAAUAAAUGGUUUAAAUAUUUUAUUUAAUAUUUAUGAUGAAUUCAAACGAAAUAAAAAAUUAUGGUCAAAUAUUCUUUGGACAGAACUUAAUAUUAAUGAUUUAAUUAUUAAUGUUGAUUUAUUUAUUAAAAAUUUUCGUCGUUUAUCGUUAGAUAUUAAAACAACAAUAGUUGGUCAUACAGUUGAACAAUAUUUAACAGGUUAUUUAAUAUAA